GAUCCACUCCCCCACCAUCAAUCAACCUGAAAUUAAAGCUCCAAGGUUCCCUUUUUUUUUUUUUUUUGAAAGCUCCAAGGUUCUCAUUUCAUACAUUUCACUUCCAGACUUUACGCUUUCAUCGGUGAGAAUCAAAACUAUCGAGGUUCGUGCAAUCAACACCACACCAACGGCCAAGAUCAAACCUUUACAAACUCUCACACCCCUCACAUCCUUUACUAUCAGCAUCCGUUCCCACUGUACUCCCAGCCCCUGUCCCCCUGCAUGCUCAGUCUCCCCGACUCUCACUCACCAGUCUUAUAUAUAUUCUUCUCCAUUUCUCACUUUCAGCAACAGAAGAAACAGAGCAGCAGAACCCAGAAAAACGCAGAGCACUAACAAACUGCUAAUCAUCAAUGGAGGAGAGGCCAGAGACAGAGCUAAUUUCGAUUCCGGCAACCCCACGUGCGUCGACGCCGGAAAUACUCACGCCGUCCGGCCAGAGGUCUCCCAGGGGGUUGGCCUCAACUGGGCCAGCAUCAAAAGAGGCUAAGUCAUGGACCCCGACUUCGUUUAUAUCUCCGAGGUUCUUGAGCCCCAUUGGGACGCCUAUGAAGAGGGUGUUGGUUAACAUGAAGGGAUAUUUAGAGGAGGUGGGACACUUGACAAAGCUGAACCCGCAAGAUGCUUGGCUUCCCAUUACCGAGUCUCGCAAUGGGAAUGCUCAUUAUGCUGCUUUUCAUAACCUCAAUGCUGGUUUUGGGUUCCAAGCUCUGGUCUUGCCUGUUGCAUUCUCUUUUCUUGGCUGGAGUUGGGGCAUAAUUUCCUUGACGAUAGCUUACUUCUGGCAACUUUACACUUUGUGGAUUCUCGUUCAGUUACAUGAAGCAGUUCCUGGGAAGAGAUACAACAGAUAUGUAGAACUUGCACAAGCAGCAUUUGGGGAUAGAUUAGGUGUAUGGCUCGCGCUUUUCCCUACGGUGUAUCUGUCAGCAGGAACAGCGACAGCUUUGAUUCUCAUUGGAGGGGAGACCAUGAAACUGUUCUUUCAAAUUGUAUGCGGCCCCCUGUGUUCUUCAAAUCCUCUGACAACUGUUGAGUGGUAUCUGGUGUUCACAUCCUUGUGCAUUGUGUUAUCCCAGCUCCCAAACCUUAACUCAAUUGCUGGACUCUCAUUGGUAGGAGCAGUUACUGCCAUAAUCUACUCCACCAUGGCUUGGAUACUCUCUGUAAGCCAACAGAGACCACCCUUGAUCUCUUACCAGCCCAUCUCAUUGCCUUCACCUUCCGCUACACUCUCUUCUUUCCUAAAUGCACUUGGUAUCAUUGCAUUUGCAUUUAGAGGCCACAAUUUGGUCCUAGAAAUUCAGGCAACAAUGCCAUCAACCUUCAAGCACCCAGCUCAUGUGCCGAUGUGGAAGGGAGCCAAGUUUGCCUAUUGCUUCAUUGCCAUGUGCCUGUUCCCCGUCGCUAUUGGAGGUUUCUGGGCAUAUGGAAACCUGAUGCCCUCAGGAGGAAUUCUCAACGCAUUGUAUGCAUUUCACAGUCAUGACAUUCCCAGGGGACUCCUGGCAAUGACAUUUCUUCUUGUCGUGUUCAACUGCCUGAGCAGUUUCCAGAUAUACUCAAUGCCCGCUUUUGACAGUUUUGAAGCAGGCUACACGAGUCGUACAAACCGUCCAUGCUCGAUUUGGGUUCGCUCAGGUUUCCGAGUCUUCUUCGGAUUUGUCUCCUUCUUUAUAGGGGUGGCACUGCCUUUCCUGUCCAGCCUUGCUGGUUUGCUCGGAGGGCUCACUCUACCAGUCACAUUUGCUUACCCUUGCUUCAUGUGGGUUCUCAUAAAAAAGCCAACAAAAUACAGCUUCAAUUGGUACUUUCACUGGACUCUCGGUUGGUUGGGCGUUGCAUUCAGCCUCGCCUUCUCUAUUGGAGGCAUUUGGAGUAUUGUCAACAGUGGCCUUAAGCUGAAAUUCUUUAAGCCCAACUAGUUAGUAUAUGUAUGUAGACAAAGCAAGUGUGCCUGCGUCGAAGUCAUUUUUCCCUUCUUUUUUUUUGGCCCUUUAUGUUCCUCCACAUGGAAAUCAGAUCGUUAUCCGAUUAUGGUCUGUCUUAUCUAAUUAUGUGUUGUAAUAGGCAAAGUGGCAAAACCAAAAAAGUCGUAUAAAUCUUUUUACCACUUGAUGUUGA